UCUGUCGUCAUCACUCCGAACCCGGAAGUGUACAGCUUGUUGUGAGUUGUCUGUUUACGGUGGUUGGUUCCGUCUUCCUGCUGGUUCUGAUGGCGGACUCUGUGGGUUCGGGACGGACCGGUUCUGGACUGUGUUCCUCUGCGGUGCUGCUGGUGCUCCUGGCGGGUGUAACUGGACCGGUUCGGGCCACGUCGGAACCGGGGAAAUGGACGGAGAACAUCCACAGCGAAGGCGAGAACAAGCCUCAGUUCUUCACCUACAGGAAGACUCUGUUCAACGACAGCAGCGUCCACCUCAGAGUUCUGUCCCAGAACUGCACGUCCGCACGCCUGGUGGUGUCCUGGUACCUGAGGAACUCCCACUGCUACAACGAGGUCUACAACAGGAACCUGAAUCCUGAGAGCUACUUCAACUCGGAGGAGGUGAUCGCAGACGAAGGAACCGGUUCCUACGUGAGCCACGAGUACAAACCGGUCGACUGCCAGAAGAAGAGCCCGCAUAUUUUCGGUUUAGAUCCGCUCGACCCGCUGAAACCCCUGAAGAACCAGCAGCAGGUGAGGGUCGGAACCGUUCAGGCGCCCACAGAAAAGCCGUCCGGGAGGAAGAGGAGAGGCGCAGAAAUGCCAGAACCAAAGGCUGCCGGCGCCUCCAGUCAGGUCGCCCCGCGCUCCGACUUCGACUUGGUGGCGAAGUCCUGGGAGGACGGGCCCUACAUGUUCAUCCUGAAGGUGGAGGACCAAUCAGACGGGACCACGCCCUGGAGCCUGCAGCUUCAGGUCAGCAUGAAGGGUCCUCACGGCUUCAUCUCUGCCACCGAAUGGCCUCUGAUGGUGUUCUACAUGGUGAUGUGCAUCGUCUAUGUGCUGCUGGCCGUGCUCUGGUUGGUUCUGUCCGCUUGCUACUGGAGGGAUCUGCUCAGGAUCCAGUUCUGGAUCGGGGGCGUCAUCUUCCUUGGGAUGUUGGAGAAAGCCGUGUACUACGGCGAGUUCCAGAGCAUCAGAUACGAGGGCUUGUCAGUCCAGGGGGCGGUGGUGUUUGCUGAGGUGCUUUCAGCGGUGAAGAGGACGUUGGCCAGGGUUCUGGUCAUCAUCGCCAGUCUGGGAUAUGGGAUCGUCAAGCCCAGACUCGGCGCCUUGCUGCACAGAGUGGUGGGGGUGGGGCUUCUCUACCUGCUCUUCUCCAUCAUCGAGGGAGUCCUGCGAGUCAACACCGAUCGAGGGAACGACGAAAGGAGUCUGAUUGUGUGUGAUGUUGUGCUGGCCUUGACUGACUCCUGUGUUGUCUGGUGGAUCUUUGUGAGUUUGGCUCAGACAAUGAAGCUGCUGAAGCUGAGGAGGAACGUGGUGAAGCUUUCUCUCUUCAGACACUUUAGCAACACGCUCAUCUUCGCUGUCAUCGCUUCUGUCAUCUUCAUCAUUUGGACCGCCAAGAACUUCACCAUGUCCAAGUGUCGCUCUGACUGGAGGGAGCUGUGGAUACAGGACGCGUUCUGGCGCUUCCUGUUUUCCAUCAUUCUGCUGGUCAUCAUGUUUCUGUGGCGACCGUCGGCCAAUAACCAGAUGUACGCCUUCAGCCCGCUGGUGGACGCAGACAGUGAGGAAGACGAGGAGAAGGAGCCCAUGGUGAACGAGGCGUUUGAGGGGAUGAAGAUGAGGGGGACGAAGAACGAGACCAACGGGACGGCAAGACCCAGCAAAGUGGACGAGGAUCUGAAGUGGGUGGAGGAGAACAUCCCGUCGUCUAUGGCAGACAUAGCUCUGCCGCCCCUGCUGGACUCAGACGAGGAAACUCAGACGACCAAGUUCGAGAUGUCCAAGAUGGACUGAAGCAGGAUGGAGGGAUGGAGGGAUGGUUUCUUCCCGCUAAAAGGCCAUGAAAGAGAAAAGAUGAACUGAGGGAUGGAGAGUUUUUAGAGGCAGAAGUCGCUCCCAGGACUUAUGAGCUUUGUAAGCCUUCAUCAAACAAACCCUGGCAGCUGAUGAGCCACAGCGGCGCACAAACAUCCUUCACUUUCGUUUUUAUCACUCGUUUCUAUUUAUAAUCACGGCUCUCCUCUCGUCACACUCAGUAUAUUUGGACUAAUCAGAUUUACCGUUUUCAUGCUUGUCGUGCAGCAGCGCCGCCCUGCUGGAUGUUUUGUUUACGACACGUUGGGUUGGUCUGUGUGGGUUCUGAUGUUUUUCUGUAAAAGCCAAAGGGACGAAUGGCAGAGAGCAAGUAAUAAUUUCGUUUUAUGAGGUUUGUCGUCGUUUUGCAGUUCCAACCAAUAAAGCUUUUCAUCUUUGCCUGA